UGUGCGCUUACACCUUCCUUUGUACUUGCCAUGGCUGGAGAGGUAGUUUAUGCUGAUUUAAACAUUCCUGGAGCCAGUUCCUCUUCAAGGCCACCACAAGGAUCUCCUCAUCUCAGGCCCCCUCCAUGUCCCCGGUGGCAUCGCAUCGCUGUGGGGGCCGGAUGGGCUGGGAACGUCGUCCUGACAGUAGCUGUGAUAGCACUGGGGGUUUGGGUUUCCCAGUUGCGUGGCUCUGGAGAAGGACAGACCGGAGGAGCUCGGAAUACACCGGAGAAUAGUGAAACCGGCAUCAGCAGCACUGAAUGCAGCUCCUGCCUGGAGGAUUUCCGGUCCCGUUUGAAACCAAUUCUAUGUGAGCCGCACAGCUUCCCAGGGGGCGCUGGGUGCAAACUCUGCCCCAGGGACUGGCUGCUGCGUGGGGACAAGUGCUACUGGCUGUCGAAAGGGAGUAAAAACUGGGCUGGGAGCCGGGACGACUGCUUGGGGAAGAGCUCGCGACUGCUCGUGCUCCAGAGCCAGGAGGAGCUGGACUCCAUACAGAAUGUUACACAAGAUGCAAACGCUGCCUGGAUCGGACUUAAAGUGACGCCUCCAGGGGGGAACUGGACCUGGGUGGACGGCUGCCCGGUAGAUCCAGCCCGCUUCCCCGUCUCUGGCCCUGCAGACGGGAACAGCUGUGGUGGGAUCAGAGGCAGCCGGAUUCAGUGGGAGACGUGUGAUGCUGAGUUCAAAUGGAUCUGCCAGAGAGACGCUGUCGUGAUAUAACCAGGCUGAGGAUUAUCCCUGGAACAUGAAAUACUGGUGUUCAGGGCAGGAUUGUGGUGUUAGCUCUGAGCCGGGGAAGAUCAGAGCUCUGGGGGGGGAGCAGGGCUGGGACUGAGGUGCCCCUUACAGUCUCAGCUUCUCCCCCUCCCCGGUCCUUCUCGCUGGCAGAGCCGUCCCACCUAUAGGAUGGUGCAGGGCCCAUGCUUUGGGGAGCCCCGUUUCAGGGGGGCAUGAGGGCUGACAGCAAUGUCACCAGCUCCACUCCUGUCUGCCCUGCCACAGGGGGGACAUGGGGGCUGGGAAGUGCAGCAAUUCUACCAGCCCUGCUAUGCUACGCCUCACUGGCUCCCAGCAUUGCUUGGGACCAACAGGGGAGCGGAGUUGGGGAAAAGGAUGGAAUUGGGGGGAGGGAACAGAGGUAAAAUGGGGGCAGAGCCUGGGGUGCCGAUGGAGAGGGAGUCCAGCCCCUACACUUCUCUUGCCAUGGCUCUGCUCACUGGGGGUGUAAUUUACAACUGCCUUAAACUUCCUGCCUGCCUCCCACGCCCUCACCCCUACCUCUCAUUGCUGGGUUUGCAGUCACAGCAGGGUAGUAUCAUCGUGCUCUCAAGCCCUCUAAGUGUCCUCUGGGAAUGUCCAGCCCCUGCUCCCGUGCUCCCCUGCAAUAUUUACUACAACCAAAGGAACGGUUCUGCCUCCGAGCACUGG